AUGUUGGGAGCAUUCCCAUCUCGAACUUGCAAGUUGAGAAGUCAUACAUAUUCCUCGAAAGCCGGUGCGGAUCAUGAGAGAACUAUUUUGAGUGUUUGGGGGAAGGAGAGAGGUGAGGUUGCGGUGGAGGGUUUGGGUGAUGGGGGUGGGGAGAGAGGAGGCGUAGGAGAGAGAGAGGAGGUAGAUGGUGUGGGUGGGGCGAGUGGUGCAGCUUAG